AUGACUUUAUCGGACUACACGCAACUGAAACAAUGUAUAGUUUUAGCAGUGGUACAAGCUGAAAAACACAACGAAAUAUUAAGCUCUAUAAAAGAAUUGUUUAGUGCAGGGAUCAAUUCAGUUAGACGAGUUGAACAAAUCAAAACAAUAAGACAACUAUUGAGUGUUUUGGAACUUCGAGAUAUACUGUCAGAAGAUAACGUACAAAGCUUAAAAAACAUAGCCCUAAAGUUGCCAAAUACUGAGGAGUUAUUGAAGAAAAUAUCUGAUUAUGAAAAAUCUCAUGUGCCAAGGGAAUAUGGAAAUUAUUAUGUUGCUGCACAAAAUAUUGCAACGGAACCAGAAGAAAGUUACAUAAUGAACAGUCAUGCUCCAUGUAUCAAAACUGUAAGUAAAAGAAAAAAGCAAAGGAUUUUCCAAACAAUUAUUGAAGAAAUUGGUAGCUUUUGGCGUGAUCUCGGAAGAAAUUUAAAAGUUCGUGAAUGCCGGAUAGAUGAAAUUGAUAGCCAAAGUCGAACUCUCACUGAGAAGGCUACUAAAGUAAUGAAAGCAUUUGAAUAUGAAAAAGCAGAUCCCGACAAAUGGUUCUUUAUUCUUUGUGAUGCUCUGGAAAAGUCUAGGAGAAAAGAUCUUACUAUAGCUAUUCAAGAAGUAAUGGCAAUGAAUAUUUGA